AACAUACGGGACUUAUCAUUCAUUGUUUUCAAAAUGAAGAAUGUCUGUUUAGAUCGACAUUUAUUGUAGUUUUGGCUUGCACUCUUACAGGAAAAACGACUGUGUGGUUUAGCAAACAUGCCUCUCGGUUUAAAACCAUGCUGUGCUGUCUGCAAGACCAACUCUUCUUCCAUGUGGAAAAAAGGCAACCAGGGGGACAUUUUAUGUAACAACUGCGCGGUUAAAAGCACAACCAGCGGAAGCUCCGGAGGAUCUACUUCCUCCGCCAUCCAUCAGAAUAACGGCGGAGGGAAACAGUCCAAACAAGAAAUCCACAGACGCUCCGCUCGGUUACGGAGCACCAAGUACAAAGCUCCGGCCUCUGAGAAGAAAGUCUCGACCAAAGGAAAGGGUAGACGACACGUUUUCAAAUUGAAAAAUCCUAUCAAAGCACCAGAGUCCGUGUCAACGAUCGUCACAUCAGAGUCCAUGUUUUACAAGGGCGUCUAUUAUCAAACCGGAGAUGUCAUUAAAGUAACAGACGAGGACGACGGUAAGCCGUAUUACGCACAGAUUCGUGGUUUCGUCCAGGACCAGUACUGUGAGAAAAGCGCGGCGUUAACUUGGCUGAUCCCGACUCAGGCCAGUCCUCGAGAUCGGUUUGAUCCUGGCACAUACAUUGUUGGCCCUGAGGAGGACUUGCCAAGAAAAAUGGAGUACCUGGAGUUUGUGUGUCACGCCCCGUCAGAGUAUUUCAAAUCCAGAAGCUGCCCUUUCCCAACAUUACCGGUUCGUCCAGAAAAAGGCUACAUCUGGACUCAUAUAGGACCGACACCUGCUGUUGCCAUCAAAGAAACCAUAGGGUGACGUCAACCCUUAAACUCAGACUGAACUGAACUGCUUUUAUUUACGUGAACUUUCAGUACACCUUCAGAUACUGAACCGUCAUGCUCGGAUGAUUAUGUGUGGUAUUGCCCUCUGAAGAGUACAUUUCAUAGUAUUUUUCAAAGCAAAACAGGUGUGCAAAUUGAAACUUUAUGUACAAAGUUAAUUUGUAACGCAUCAUGCAUACUUUUCAGGCGUGUAUAAAGCCAUACCAUGCCGUUUACGUGUACUGUCCUCUGUGCAUCUCUCACAUGUGUUUUCUGAGCGUUCAGUGGCAGCAGCUCUCAAUAACACACUCCUGUUCAGGUGAGCCGAGUCUGAAAGAUUAGCCUGAAACAGAUUCCAACUCUUGCAUUAGAUUUUAGCCAGACGUUGAUGUGAGCAAAAAUGUGACCCUGGAGCACAAAACCAGCCAUAAGGGUCAAU